GGAGGAUGCCGCCACGUAGAUCCUAGCCAACUGGCAUAACAACCUCUACACCUAUUGGCGUCAGCCACUGCCCCUCGUGCCGUGUAAUGCUGACUCGUGGGCCAUGGGACCCUGUAGAUGUUCCUCAUCCCCGUAACCAAAGGCCGCUUCCGCUGGGAGCUCGCGUGCCUGACUGCGACCAGCUCGUAGUUCACUCGUCGCCCUAUAAGUCAGUUGCUGGCGUCCUCCUUCAGCCAGAGACUAGGGCUAGACCACCACCGCAUAACAUCGACGAGAUCCGGGGAGAAAUCGACCUCGUCACGGGAGGGAGACCAUGCCCUCUUCCUCCACCAUGGAUUCUCGCCUAUGUGGCCAAUUGGGCACCGGGGAUAGCUAUGGCGCUUCACCGGCCAACAGGGAUCAUACCCAGGCCCUGUGGGGUGAUGCGGGGUUGUCUGGAGGGACGAAUUCCUCGCCGGGGCGAGAAUCUCGCCAUUGGGCCACUGUACAACGUCGCCAACAGCGCUUUGUUCGCUAUCAACUCCAGUAAGUACCAUGCUG